UGUGUUUUACGCAGUGAAUCUUGAUUGGUUGAUUUUCAGCGGGGUGAAUCAUGGCGGAAAGCGAGAACGACGGAACUGCAAAAAGAGCGAAAACAGAUGCGGACAAUGAGCGCGGAGACGUGGGAGAAGUGUCUUCCGACAACCCGGUCUCGGACUUUGAAAUCACCCGCAUUCUGCGCGAAUGUUCGCGGGAGAAGAACAUCUUCAUUCAUGGAAAGGUGAAGGAUCAGGAUGCUGUUGUGAUCCUGGAGAAAACUCCCAUCAGACAGGACACACUGUCCGAGUUACUGAAGAGCAGUCAACUCGAGCUGGAGAUGAAGAAUGACAUUUACAGCACAUACCAGCUGCAGGCACCAGCACACCUGAAUGAAAUCAAAACGACAGUGGUGUGCCCUGCGACAGAGAAGCAUGUCAAGAAGUAUUUGCAUCAAGAGGUUUUUCUAGUUGAAGAAUCAGGGGAGGAUUAUCGUAACAUCACCCUACCGUACAUCAGCAGCCAGAGCUUCAGUGUGCAGUGGGUACACAAUAUAUUGGAGAAGAAAGCUGAGGCUGAUCGGAUUGUUUUCGAGGACCCAGACCCUGAUACUGGUUUUGUUUUGUUGCCCGAUUUCAAAUGGGACCAAAAGCAGCUACAAGACCUGUAUUUGAUUGCCAUCGUCCACCGGAGGGAUGUUAAAAGUCUGAGGGAUCUUACAUCAGAGCACCUGCCAUUACUCACAAACAUUCGCAGUAAAGGAGAGGACACCAUUCAGCGGCAGUACGGCGUCCCUCCGAGCAAACUGCGUGUGUAUCUCCACUAUCAACCGUCGUACUAUCACCUCCACAUCCACUUCACCUCGCUGGAGUAUAACGCUCCAGGUUGUGGAGUGGAACGAGCCCACCUGCUCUCCGAUGUCAUUCAGAACUUGCAGGCAGAUUCCAGUUACUAUCACAACCGUAGCCUGGCGUUCCCACUGCGGGCCGAUGAUGGUCUGCUCCUCGGGUUCAAAGAGGCUGGGAAACUCUAGAGACCCUUUUUUUUUUUUUUUUGGGAACUUCAGCUUUUUUUACUUGUUUAUUAAUGUUAUGAUGUCGUAAUUGCAGGUUAAAGUACACUGACUGCUGACAAGUUUUAAAAGAUGCAUUAUUAAGGUGUUUGUGUUGGUCAGCAUCUAUCAGUGCAGUGAGAAUUGGCAUUUACAGUAUUCACUCUGUAUAUUGUAAUAUGGUCAUGUUUUGACCCUUGUUUGUGGUUUUAUGUCUAAAUUUGGUUUGAUUUUAUGAUCAUCUGCAUUUUUCUGCAAAAAAGUACUGAUUGUUUUUAAAUCGUUUGGUUGUGUUUUGUCUGUUGAUCGUGUGGAUUCAACCCAAAUUCAUCACCCAAAACCGCAAUUGUUUGGUCAGGCUGUGCACCUAUCUGUGGUGCGACGUGGUUAUUAAUUUUAAAGCAGAAUCAGAUGCCAGUGGGGCCCCAGGCCUUAUUCUUUGAGGUUUCAGGGGUCCUUUGAAGAGAUUUGGCUGUGACUGACAGAGCAGUGGGCCGCAGUGAAGCUCCUGCGCUGUUUUUAAAACUUCUGAAGAAAUGAACAAAACCUACUGUUUUAAUAUUAGUCUAAAAAGCAUAAAGAGUAAAAUAUUAUGAGCGCAACACAGCUGAUACUGCUUUCCAGAAAGUUCAUUUGCAGUGCACAGAUUUUUUUGUUAACAAACAUAGUUCUUUGGUUCUGAGCUCAUUGUAAAUCCAGGGAUAGAGGGGCAUAAAAAGUCCAAAACUCCACAGCAGAAAAAAAGACUGACUGUUUGUUUAUGUGCUACUUGAUUAUGUGGUUCAACGCUGAGUUUUUAAAGAAGAUUUCACUGUUUUACAUUGCAUAAUCAAAGUCUUACAAUGCCCUCUAUUCACAAGGAAUCACAAAAUGUGAUAGAAUUAUUUCUGUUUUGAAUAUCAGCUCAGAUAAAACUCUUUCUAAAGGAACAUGCAGUUCACCCAUAAAUGAAAAUCUGUCAUUAGCUGCUUGUCAUAUUCUCUGUUUUGGCCUCUUUUCUUACAUAAAAAUCUAUUGUAUUGCUUUAGAUGACUUGGAAAAUAACCCCCAAACUGAAUGGACUGCUGUUUUUGGAGCUCAACAACUAUUGGUUGUCAUCUAUGUUAAUUAAAAAUCAGGUUUGGAACGACAUAAGGGGCAGUGAAUGAUGACAGUUUCCCACUUUCACCUCUCAAUCGUUCUCAUUAAAGCUUGACAUUCAGACUUGA